ACACAACAAGCGAUUGAUAAAAAUACAUGCGUUAUUCUGUUGAAAAGUAUAGCUGGCAUUCAGUAGAUGAAAAAGUCACAGCUUGUGGACUUUAAAUUUAUUUUAUUAUGUGACAGCACAUUUUGUCAAUUAUGGGGGCAUUCUCAGUCCUCGUGAGCAGAACUGUCUCAAGUGAACACCAGUUAGUCACCCGGGGGAAUAAAUUACACUUGAUUUGACAGAGUGGGAUGUUCUCGUGACCAGCCAACCAACUUGUAAUUAUUAUUUUCUUUUUUUCUUCUUCUUCUUUUUUUUAAACAGUGCCUUUCAAAGUCAUUUUUUGUUGCUUCAGGGACUCAUUCUUUCAGCAUCACAACAACAUCCUCCGACGAACAUCCAGAAUGGCAGACUGGACAGAAUGCAUGAACUAUGGCAUACACAUUGCCAGAGAGGCCAGAGAGGUGAUCCUCCACGCUUUCAGGAUCAAGAAGGCCGUGAUGCUGAAGAGCUCUCCCGCCGACCUGGUGACGGAGACCGACCAGAGGGUGGAGAGGAUGCUCAUCUCCGCCAUCAAGGCCAAGUACCCUCACCACAAGUUCAUUGGUGAGGAAUCUGUCGCAGCAGGUGAGAAGCUCAUUCUAACCGAUAGCCCCACGUGGAUCAUCGACCCCAUCGACGGCACCGCCAACUUUGUGCACAGGUUUCCCUUUGUGGCUAUUUCUAUCGCCUUUGCUGUGAAGAAGCAGACUGAGUUUGGGAUCGUCUACAGCUGUAUAGAGGACAAGCUCUACUCAGCCCAGAGAGGAAGGGGAGCUUUCUGUAAUGAUAUCCCCCUCGCCACCUCUGGUCAGGAAGAUAUCACAAAGUGUCUGCUGGUGACCGAGAUUGGGGCAGAGAGGGAUCAGCUGGCCCUGGCUACGAUGACGUCCAACAUUCACCGGCUGCUGGAGAUCCCAGUCCACGGCAUCAGGGCAGUGGGGACUGCAGCUGUGGACAUGUGCCUGAUUUCCACUGGCGGCGCCGACGCCUACUACCACAUCGGCAUGCACUGCUGGGACAUCGCGGCCUCUGCCCUCAUAGUCAGUGAGGCCGGGGGAGUGGUCAUUGACACCAAUGGCUCGGAGUUCGACAUGAUGGCGCGGAGGGUGAUAGCCGCCAGCAGCAUGAGCGUGGCGCGGAGGAUCUCGCAGGCGAUCCAGGCUUUCCCCUGCGAACGCGACGACGACCCGCGCGCCCACCCCCAGAAGGCUCAGAUCGAGCACAGCACUGACAGCGGCAACGACGUCCACAAGAAAGCGGGCGGCCACCGGCGACUGUAAUA